AUGGAGCCAAAUCACACGAAAUCUACCACUAAUACGCCGUUUGUCGAUCUCGGACUUCUCAUGGGGAUCAAUCAUCAAAUUGAAGCCGAAAACACUGAAGAACGGUACAGAGAUUACAAAAUGUGCAGAGAACGCAUAGAUAGCAUGAUUCCACCUAUGACUAGCUCUGGAGAAACAACCGUGGCUACACUUGAGGGAUCGGAAGACGAAAGGCUGUCUUCGGAGACACUGUCUGACACGGAAGAGACAUCAGAGGAUAUUCAAGAAACUCGAGCUGAAACUAAGAAGAGGAGACGCCAGGAAUUACUCGAUAAUCAUGAUGCAGAAUCGUACGAGCUCGUCGUGGAUGACCUUCUUGAGAGUCAGAUUAGACAUUACGCGGUGCUGCAGCGAUGUGGGUUGGUUCCCGUGCAAGCAAAAGAAGAUACACAUUAUAAGGAGGAUACUUGGAGUGGGACUAGCGAAGAAUCAGACCCUACGCCAAGAUAUAGAGAUCCUAUUUCCAAUCUACCCAUUUCACAAUUUUCGACUAAGAGCAAGAAUCCUAAAUUAUCCCAUGGCGAAAAUAACGUGAGCGCAAUUGGAAAGAGUGGGCCUGGCGUCACAAAGAAAGGUCACGUUGCCAAGAAACGGGCAAUCAUCAACAAGAAGGACAUGUUCGAGUUGAUGUUUAAGGGACCGGAGCAUUGUUCUAGAGCUUAG